AUGGAGAAUCCAGCCAAUGAUCCUCUUAACUCGGGGGCGCCCACUGAAUGUGGUGAAUAUGACAAGGAUGCAGACACGGAAAAGGAAACCCUCACUGUUCCUGAAAUCCGAGGAGCCGCCAGCGCAGAGACCCUUAUAGUCCCAGGCACUAGCAACGCUGUCAGCACAGAAACCAUCGCCUCGCCCAAUUGUAGCGAUAUCAUUUCAACACCCAAAAAUGACCCAGGAUGGGGCAUGACCGAUCAUGUCAUCUCGACAAGGGAAAGAGAGGAAGCCGCGGGUUACAAGCCACGACAAUUGGGCAUCACCUGGCAGAAUCUGACUGUUGAGGUGCCAUCUGCUGAGACUGCAGUUAACGAAAAUGUCAUCUCGCAAUUCAAUAUACCGCGAGUGAUCGGAGACUUUCUGCGAAAGCCGCCUCUGAAAUCAAUCUUGCAGGGUAGCCAUGGUUGUGUCAAACCUGGUGAGAUGUUGCUGGUUUUAGGCCGGCCUGGUUCUGGGUGCACAACGCUGCUCAAGUUGCUUGCUAAUAUGCGUCGGGGAUACUAUAAUAUCACCGGGGACAUAAGGUUCGGCAGCAUGUCUAGUGACGAGGCCCAGAAGUACCGAGGGCAAAUUGUUAUGAAUACUGAGGAGGAGCUCUUCUACCCCCGGUUAACGGUGGGUCAAACUAUGGACUUUGCAGCGCGGCUUAAGAUUCCCUUCCACCUUCCGGAUGGAACCAAGUCAAACGCAGACUACACAGCUGAGACUACCAAGUUUCUGCUGGAGGCAAUGAAGAUUUCACAUACAGUUGAUACAAAGGUGGGAAAUGAAUAUGUCCGCGGUGUUUCUGGUGGAGAGAGAAAGCGUGUUUCUAUCAUUGAGUGCAUGGCUACUCGAGGCUCUAUCUACACCUGGGAUAACAGUACCCGUGGUCUGGAUGCUAGUACAGCACUAGAAUGGGCAAAGGCUCUUCGAGCCAUGACCGACGUCCUUGGGCUUUCCACAGUUGUUACCCUCUACCAGGCAGGUAACGGAAUCUACAACCUGUUUGACAAAGUCCUCGUAUUGGACGAGGGGAGGCAGAUCUACUAUGGGCCGGCAGCUGCUGCAAAAAGGUUCAUGCAAGACCUGGGAUUUGUGUAUACUGAUGGUGCCAAUGUUGGGGACUUUCUGACUGGUGUGACUGUCCCAACCGAGCGCCAGAUCAGACCAGGUUACGAAAGCCGAUUUCCUCAAAAUGCAGAUGCCAUUCUAGCUGAGUAUAAGAAUUCGCCAGUCUAUCAACAUAUGGUUGCAGAAUACGACUACCCUAACAGCGAUAUCGCCCACCAGAGAACUGAAGACUUCAAGGAAUCCAUCGCCUGGGAAAAGUCAAAGUAUCUACCCAAGAACAGUCCGCUAACAAUUAGCUUCUGGAGUCAAGUCGAGGCUUGCACGAUUCGUCAGUAUCAGAUUUUGUGGGGGGACAAGUCAACAUUCCUGGCAAAGCAGAUUCUGUCAACUAUUAUGGCUUUAAUAGCAGGCUCCUGCUUUUACGACUCCCCUCCAACAUCUCUGGGCCUAUUUACCAAAGGUGGUGCCGUCUUUUUCGCUCUUCUUUAUAAUUGUAUUGUGGCCAUGUCUGAGGUCACUGAAUCCUUCAAAGGUCGUCCGGUCUUGCUGAAGCACAAGUCAUUCGCCAUGUAUCACCCAGCUGCAUUCUGUCUGGCUCAAAUUGCUGCCGAUUUUCCUGUGUUGUUGAUCCAAUGCAGUGUAUUCUCGAUUGUGAUAUAUUGGAUGUCCGGCUUAAGGCAUACAGCAGCCGCGUUCUGGACCUUCUGGGUUAUUUUGUUUACCGUUACCCUAUGUAUUACCGCUUUGUUUCGUUGUAUUGGAGCAGGAUUUAGUACCUUCGAAGCCGCCUCAAAAGUAUCCGGAACUGCAGUCAAGGCCAUCGUUAUGUAUGCUGGUUACAUGAUUCCUAAAGGCCAGGUCAAGAACUGGUUCCUUGAAUUGUACUACACAAAUCCGUUUGCCUAUGCCUUUCAGGCCGCUCUCACCAACGAAUUUCAUGAUGAGACCAUCCCCUGUGUCGGCAAUAACCUAGUCCCGAAUGGUCCUGGCUACGAAAACGUGCCCUCGGGUCAUAAAGCCUGUACAGGUGUUGGUGGAGCCGCUCUUGGUGCAGACUUUGUGACUGGGGAUCAGUAUCUCACGUCACUGCACUACAAGCAUUCACAGCUGUGGAGGAACUACGGUAUUGUUUGGGCUUGGUGGGCAUUCUUCGCAGGGCUUACUAUGAUUUGCACCUCAUUCUGGAGUGAUGGAGGCAAUUCUGCUUCCCUAUAUAUACCCCGCGAGAAAGUCAAGCAUGGGCAUAAGUCAGAUGUCGAGGCACAGAAUGAGAAGAAUCCCAAUCGAGGUGCGGGCAGCAGAGUCUCAGGCCCGGAAGAUGAACAUUUAACCCGGAACACCUCCAUUUUUACCUGGAAGGAUCUUACAUAUACGGUUAAAACUCCAGCUGGAGACCGGGUCCUACUGGAUCAAGUGUGUGGGUGGGUAAAACCGGGAAUGCUGGGUGCGCUGAUGGGCUCCUCAGGUGCUGGAAAGACAACACUACUUGAUGUCCUUGCCCAGCGUAAGACAGAUGGAACAAUUAAGGGAUCAAUCAUGGUUGAUGGUCGGCCAUUGCCGGUUUCAUUCCAGAGAAUGGCAGGAUACUGCGAGCAAUUAGAUGUCCAUGAACCCUAUGCCACUGUCCGUGAAGCACUUGAGUUUUCUGCUCUUCUUCGUCAGUCUCGAGAUAUACCUGAAGAUGAAAAGCUCAAGUAUGUCGAUACGAUUAUCGAUCUUCUAGAACUUCAUGAUCUUGAGAAUACUCUGAUUGGUACAGUAGGGAAAGGUCUUAGUAUUGAACAACGAAAGCGUGUUACUAUCGGAGUCGAGCUGGCCUCUAAACCCAGUAUUCUAAUCUUUCUAGAUGAGCCUACAUCAGGUCUUGAUGGCCAGUCUGCAUACAACACAGUCAGAUUUCUGCGGAAACUUGCAGAUGCUGGUCAAGCUAUUCUGGUUACUAUUCACCAGCCCUCUGCCCAACUCUUUGAACAAUUUGAUACCUUACUACUUCUGGCUCGGGGAGGAAAGACAGUUUACUUUGGUGAUAUUGGUGAAAACGCUGCAACAAUCAAAUAUUACUUUGGGAAAAAUGGCAUUGAAUGUCCACCAGAAUCCAACCCAGCUGACUUUAUGAUUGAUGUGGUUACUGGUAGUCUGGAAGCUGCCAAAGACAAGGACUGGCAUCAGAUCUGGCUGGACUCAGACGAGCACACACGCAUGAUGAUUAAUCUGGAUAAUAUGAUUGCCGAAGCUGCUUCCAAACCUUCUGGAACUCAUGAUGAUGGCUACGAGUUCUCUAUGCCUUUGUGGGAACAGAUUAAAAUUGUGACGAAGCGUAUGAACGUCUCCUUGUUCCGAAACACCAACUAUAUCAAUAACAAGGCUUCAUUGCAUGUUAUUUCUGCCUUGCUGAAUGGGUUCUCCUUCUGGCGAGUUAGCCCUAACUUGUCUGCUUUGCAUCUGAAGAUGUUCACAAUCUUCCACUUUGUCUUUGUUGCCCCUGGUUGUAUCAACCAACUACAACCUCUCUUUCUCCAGCGCCGUGAUAUCUACGAUGCCCGAGAGAAGAAGUCAAAAAUGUACUCGUGGUUUGCCUUCACUACCGCUUUGAUCGUAUCUGAGUUUCCUUACCUUAUCAUAUGUGCUGUGCUCUACUUCCUCUGCUGGUAUUACUGUGUCCGGCUCUUUCCCCAUGACUCGAAUCGAUCUGGUGCGAUGUUUUGGAUUAUGAUGUGGUUUGAAUUCGUAUAUACUGGAAUUGGCCAGUUCAUUGCCGCUUACGCCCCCAACGCUGUGUUCGCUGCGCUUGUCAAUCCCCUCAUCAUCAGUAUACUGCUGCUAUUCUGCGGUGUUUUUGUGCCCUAUACUCAACUCAAUGUCUUUUGGAAGUACUGGCUGUACUAUCUGAACCCAUUCAACUACGUUGUGGGGGGUAUGUUGACCUUCGGUAUCUGGGAUGCUCGAGUGACCUGCAACGAGGAUGAAUUCGCCGUGUUUGACCCACUUAAUGGAACUUGUGGCGAGUACUUAGCCACUUUCAUGGCUGGGAACGGGCAGAGAAUUAAUCUGACCAACCCCGACGCUACCUCACAAUGCAAGGUGUGCGAGUUCCGAACAGGAAGUGACUUCCUGGCAACCCUCAACAUUAACCACUACUAUGUUGGUUGGAGAAACGGCGCCAUUACUGUCCUUUAUGCUAUCAGCGGAUAUGCAUUGGUCUAUGGACUGAUGAAGUUAAGAACCAAGGCCAGCAAAAAGGCCGAAUAA